AUGGAUAGUAACAACAUAUUAUGCUAUCAUAUAAGUGAUAAAGGAAAAAAUAAAAAUUUUAAAAAUAUCAAACUAAUAACUUUUGAUCUUGAUGAUACUUUAUGGAAUAUAAAUGCAUUACUUAAUUAUGCCGAUAAAGAAUGUAAUGAAUAUAUGAAAAGAAAUUACAAAAGAACAUAUGAUUAUUUUUUAAAGAAAUAUGAAUUAUCUAUGACAAAAGUAUUAGUAGAAUUAUUAGAAAAAAAAAUAUAUAUGGAUAAUACUAGUAUUCAAAUAUUAGCACAAAUUCGAAAUGAUGCAUUAAAACAUUUAGCUAAUCAAUCAAAUUAUAAUGAAGAAGAAUUCACAAAUGCAAUACAAAAAGUGUGGAAAAAGAAAAAAAAUGAUGUUCAUUUAUUUAUUAGCUCAGGUACUUUGGAAUAUUUAAGAGAAUUAAAAAAGAGAGGAUAUAUAUUAGGAGCUAUAACCAAUGGUGAUUCAGAUGUAAAUGAAAUUAAAUUUUUAAAUGAAAUAUUUUCAUUUGUUAUAAGAUCUAUGGAUUAUAAUUGUGAAAAGCCUAAAGCAGAUAUAUUUAAUAUUGCACGUAAUAUAUUAAAAAAAAAAAAAAAUAUAAAUAUAAGACCAGAAGAAUGGUUGCAUGUUGGAGAUGAUAUAUAUACAGAUGUAAUGGGAUCAAAAAAUGCACGUAUUAAUUGUGCAUGGAUAACUAUGUAUAGAGGUGGUAAUGAAGUUAAGGCACAUGAAUGGUAUUCAUAUCUAAAAUUAAAACUUGGAAAUAAUAAAAAUUCAACACUUGCACAAUAUGAUCCUUAUUCUGAUUCUAUAUUUUCAAAAUUUAGAAAAAAAAAUAUUAAACUACCAUAUGAAUAUGUAGAUAUAGAAAUACGUCAUUGCCGAGAUCUAGAUGCAAUACUACCAUAA